UCUGUACCCUGCCUAUUAGUGUGCUCCGCGUGUUCGUUAGAUGAACAGUAAUAUUUAUAAUAUCUAGUUAGCUUAUGGCCUGUCGUUACUAACAAAAUGGUAACUAUUGAAAGAAAAGGGACAUUUAAAGUGGAAUAUUUACAAAAUAUUGAAAAAGAAAUACAAGCAAAAUGGGAAGCUGAUAAAGUAUAUGAGGAAGAUGCACCUUUAGAAUGUAGAAAAUCUCCAAAGGCAAAGUUCUUUGUAACUUUUCCUUUUCCUUACAUGAAUGGAAGACUUCAUCUUGGUCAUACAUUUUCGUUAUCGAAAUGUGAGUUUGCUGUGCGUUACAAUCGUCUUCUAGGAAAAAAGGUCCUUUUUCCAUUUGGAUUUCAUUGCACGGGUAUGCCCAUCAAAGCAUGUGCAGAUAAAUUGAAACGAGAAAUGGAGUUAUAUGGUUAUCCACCACAAUUUCCUGAAGAUGAAAAAGCAGAUGAAGAAAUCAUAGAUGAUAUUGUAAUAAAAGAUAAAAGCAAAGGAACAAAGAGUAAAGCAGUUGCAAAAACAGCUAGUGCAAAAUAUCAAUGGCAAAUUAUGCAAUCGCUUGGCAUAGAACACGAAGAUAUAAAAAAUUUUGCCGAUGCUGAAUAUUGGUUGAACUACUUCCCACCUCUUGCUGUCCAAGAUUUAAAGUUGAUUGGAUUACAUGUGGAUUGGCGCAGAUCAUUUAUUACAACUGAUGCAAAUCCAUUUUUUGAUUCGUUUGUACGAUGGCAAUUUCAACAUUUAAAAGCAAAAAACAAGAUAAAAUAUGGAAAACGGUAUACAGUCUAUUCGCCGAAAGAUUGUCAACCUUGUAUGGAUCAUGACAGAUCAGUGGGAGAAGGAGUAGGGCCACAAGAGUAUACAUUAAUUAAAAUGAGACUACAAAAACCUUACCCUACAUGCCUGAGCUCUCUUUCUGACAAACCAGUUUAUUUAGUAGCUGGCACUUUGAGACCAGAAACAAUGUAUGGCCAAACAAACUGCUGGAUUCACCCAGAUAUAAAUUAUAUUGCAUAUACUUUAUCAAAUGGAGAUAUUUAUAUAUCAACAGAAAGAGCAGCACGAAAUAUGGCCUAUCAAGAUUUCUUCAAAGAGGAGGGAAAGAUAUCAAUUGAAUUAAAACUUAUUGGGAUGGAUAUACUAGGAUUACCUGUAGAAGCGCCUCUUACAAGUCACAAAGUAAUUUACACUUUACCAAUGAUGACUAUUAAAGAAGAUAAAGGUACUGGGAUUGUUACUUCUGUACCUAGCGAUUCCCCUGAUGAUUAUGCAGCCUUAAUGGAUCUAAAGAAGAAACAAACUUUUAGAGAAAAAUACGGAAUAACUGAUGAAAUGGUGCUACCUUAUAAUCCUAUACCUGUUAUUGAGUUGCCAGAAUUUGGAAAUUUAUCUGCAGUGACUUUGUACGAUAAAUUAAAAAUUCAAUCUCAAAAUGACAAGGCUAAAUUACUAGAAGCAAAAGAGAUGGUAUAUCUCAAAGGUUUUUAUGAUGGCAUAUUAUUAGUUGGAAAAUAUAAAGGAAAGAAAGUUCAGGAUGUCAAGAAACAAAUACAAAAAGAAUUGGUAGACGAAGGAACGGCAGUUAUAUAUUAUGAACCCGAGAAAACUGUAAUAUCUAGAUCAAAUGACGAAUGUGUAGUAGCUUUAUGUAAUCAAUGGUAUUUAGAUUAUGGAGAAGAAAAUUGGAAAAAAGAAGCGAUGGAAGCCUUAAAUAAUCUUAAUACCUUUCAUGACGAAGUGAGAAAAAAUUUCAUUGUGUGCCUUAAUUGGCUACACGAAUAUGCAUGUUCUAGAACUUAUGGACUUGGUACUAAAUUACCAUGGGAUGAAGAUUGGUUAAUAGAAUCUCUCUCAGAUUCAACUAUCUAUAUGGCUUAUUAUACCAUUGCGCAUUUAUUACAAGGAGGAUCAUUUAAGGGCGAUAAACCAAAUACAUACAAUAUCAAGGCUAAUCAAAUGACACCAGAAGUGUGGGAUUACAUUUUCUUCAAGGAUGCAAAGUUUCCAAAAACGUCCAUAAAAAAGGAUGCUUUAGAUCAUAUGCGACGUGAAUUUCGAUACUGGUAUCCAGUAGAUCUAAGAGUGUCUGGAAAGGAUCUUGUACAAAAUCAUCUUACAUUUUUCAUUUAUACUCAUGUUGCAAUAUGGUCUGGACAACCCGAAUUAUGGCCAAAAGGAAUCAGAGCAAAUGGACAUUUACUAUUAAAUUCAGCUAAGAUGUCAAAAUCAGAAGGUAAUUUCUUGACACUUGCUGAAGCAGUAAAAAAAUUUUCGGCGGAUGGCAUGCGACUUUGCCUAGCUGAUUCUGGUGAUUCAAUAGACGAUGCUAAUUUCGUUGAAAGUGUGGCAGAUGCUGGAAUCCUUAGAUUAUAUAAUUUUAUUGAAUGGGUUAAAGAAGUAUUAGCAUCUAAGAGUACCUUUAGGCAAGGAAAUCCACACACAUAUAAUGACAAGGUCUUCAAAAGUGAAAUGAACCUAAAAAUACAAGAGACUGGAGAUAAUUAUUCGAAAAUGCUGUACAAGGAAGUUUUAAAAACAGGGUUCUUCGAAUUGCAAGCAGCAAAAGACAAGUACAUACAGUUGAGUGCAUUAGAUGGUUUUAAUUGGAUAUUAAUUAUGAAAUUUAUAGAACUUCAAAUCAUUCUUUUGUCUCCGAUUUGCCCACAUGUCGCCGAACAUAUAUGGAAACAUAUUGGUAAAGAAGGUAGCAUAUUAAAUGCUACGUGGCCUCAUAUAGGUGAAAUAGAUGAAAUUCUCAUAAAAUCAUCACAGUAUCUUAUGGAUACUGCACAUUCGUUUAGACUUCUUUUAAAAAGUUACAUGACACCAAAGAAAGGGUCAAACAAAAGCAAUGGGACAGCAAUUAUAGAAAAACCUACAGAUGGUAUAAUUUGGAUAGCUAAGACUUAUCCUCCUUGGCAAAGCAUUAUUUUAACUACAAUGAAAGAUUUAUACCUUAAAAAUAACAAUAAACUGCCAGAAAAUAAAAUUAUUGCAGUGGAAUUGGGAAAAUUACAAGAAUUAAAAAAGUACAUGAAACGAGUAAUGCCAUUCGUACAAGUUAUGAAAGAAAAAAUGGAACUUACUGGAUUAAGUGCGCUUAAUUUAGUGUUAGAUUUUGAUGAAUUCAAGAUUCUUCAAGAUAACAAAAACUAUCUUCAAAAUACUUUAGAUUUGGAGACUAUUGUGAUAAAGUACACCGAUGAAGCUUCUGAAAAAACAAAACAAGAAUGCUGUCCAGGCUCUCCGUACAUGAAUUUUUCUAGUAAACCUGGCAUUUCAGUAUGUAUUAUGAAUCCACAAAAGUGUAGCAGUUUAUUUAGGAUAUCAGUAAAGAUCAUGGAUGCCGAUAGUGUAACAGACAUCAUAUCACGAAUAUUAAAAGAAAAUAAACAAAUAAAAGAUCCAUCGUCAGUUUCUCUAUACCGUUAUAAUGAUCCCCUUUUAGGACCCAGAAGUAAACCAUUUAUGGAUAAUAUUUUACAAGGUAAAACUGAAAUACCUCUUAACUCCAUAUUUAAUAUCGAUACAAAAACCAAAACUAUUAAAGUAAAUGUAGAAGGUAGCAUACAUGACAUUGGCAACGAUCUAAUAUACAUAGUCCAAUCUGAGAAAAACUGA